CCUCUGCACCGCUCCGUCCGUCCAUCCAUCCACCCCUUUGACGUCGGUGUCUCUCUAGCAUUCAAGCCACUCAGAUGACUCGGAAGUGGAGAGCAUAAUGCAAGACCCUCAGCAUCACGGAGGGCACGUCCACCACCACCAUGACCACGACCAUGACCACACGCACCAUCACGAUCACGAGGAUCAGGACGCAGACAGGGAGGCUGAGGGCGAAGACCGCCCACACACCCCGUCUUACCUGCGGCCCCCGGCGGCGGGCAGGGCCCAGUCAGAUUCAGGGUCAGACGCCAGUUUGCCACAGAGCAAAAGUGUGGAGUUUGACUUGCCGUCUUCCGCCAGUCCUUCCAGGCCAAAGAGCCCCUGGGGCCUGUUUGACCCGUACGACAAUAACGAGGACCAAGACAAGGAAUAUGUGGGUUUCGCGACAUUGCCAAACCAGGUCCAUCGCAAGUCAGUCAAGAAAGGCUUUGACUUCACGCUCAUGGUAGCAGGUGAGUCUGGCCUGGGAAAGUCCACCCUGGUCAACAGCCUGUUUCUCACAGAUCUCUACAAAGAUAGGAAGCUGCUCAAUGCUGAAGAGCGAAUUACACAAACAGUGGAAAUCACCAAACACACUGUGGACAUUGAGGAGAAAGGUGUCAAGCUGAAGCUCACCAUUGUGGACACCCCGGGGUUUGGAGAUGCUGUAAACAACACCGAGUGCUGGAAGCCGGUGGCCGAUUACAUCGACCAGCAGUUCGAGCAGUACUUCAGGGACGAGAGCGGCCUCAACCGCAAGAACAUCCAGGACAACCGCGUACACUGCUGCCUCUAUUUCAUCUCACCUUUCGGUCACGGUCUCCGGCCUUUGGAUGUGGAAUUCAUGAAGGCUUUGCAUGAGAAGGUCAACAUCGUCCCCAUCCUCGCCAAAGCAGACACGCUCACCCCGAUGGAGGUCAAGAAAAAGAAAAUUAAGAUCAGAGAAGAGAUUGAGCAGUACGGCAUCAAGAUUUACCAGUUCCCCGACUGUGACUCUGAUGAGGAUGAAGAUUUCAAGCAGCAGGACUACGAGCUGAAGGAAAGCAUUCCCUUUGCAGUAAUUGGCAGCAACACGGUGGUGGAGGCCAAAGGGAAGCGGGUGCGAGGUCGCCUCUACCCCUGGGGCAUCGUAGAAGUGGAAAACUCUGCGCACUGUGACUUUGUGAAGCUGAGGAACAUGCUCGUCCGCACACACAUGCAAGACCUGAAGGACGUGACCCGAGAGUGUCACUAUGAGAACUACAGAGCCCACUGCAUCCAGAGCAUGACCCGCAUGGUGGUCAAGGAGCGCAACCGCAACAAACUCACCAGGGAGAGCGGCACAGACUUCCCCAUCCCCGUGGUGCCCGGCGUGUCGGAGAGCGAGACGGAAAAGCUCAUCAGAGAGAAAGACGAGGAGCUGCGGCGGAUGCAGGAGAUGCUGCAGAGGAUCCAGAACAACAUGAUCACUCAGAAAGAUGGCUAUUAACCCAGAGCUCCCGUCACGCUGUGUACAUGUCUUUCUUUCACUGGGAUACAAAAAAAAAAAAAAAAGAAAAGAAAAGUACCCAGCAAACCCGUCUUCCACUCUGCCAGCGUCCACUCGGCCUCAUCAACAGCAU